CGUGACUGUCAACGUCGCAGACAUGGCGGAAGUGAAAGUGUUUCCAUUGUGCUGUGUGGUGCAGAACUAUGCCUGGGGUAAAGUGGGUCUGGACAGUGAGGUGGCCCGGCUGGUGCUCGGUGGAGACCCUCAGGCGCUCAUAGAGGAGGCCAAACCCUAUGCAGAGCUUUGGAUGGGUGCCCACCCCAAAGGAGACGCUCUCAUCAAAGACAACAGGAUAUCCCAGAGGACACUGGGACAGUGGAUUGCAGAUUUCCCAGGGUGCCUGGGGUCAAAGGUCAAAGACACAUUCCACGGCCAGCUCCCGUUCCUUUUUAAAGUGCUGUCCGUCAACACGGCUCUGUCCAUCCAGGCGCAUCCCAACCGGGAAUUGGCUGCUAGACUCCAUGCACAGUUUCCUGAACAUUACCCAGACAACAACCACAAACCGGAGAUGGCCAUCGCUCUCACUCAGUUUGAAGGUCUUUGUGGCUUUCGGCCGAUGGAUGAAAUCUUGGGCUUCCUCAAAAAUGUCCCAGAGUUCCGUGCGCUGGUCGGUAAUGAAGCGGCCGAGGAGCUCCAGAGCGCCGAUGGAGACCCGGGCCGGACGUCUCUCGCUCUGAAGAAAUGUUUCACCAGGAUGAUGAACUGCGAGAAGAAGCUGUUUGUCGAUCAGCUCAACAUGCUGGUCAAACGAAUCUCAGAGGAAGAGGCUGCAGGCAAAGACACCUCUGGAAGUAAUGGAGAACUGCUGCUACGGCUCCAUUCCCAGUAUCCGGGGGACAUCGGAUGCUUUUCCAUUUACUUCCUGAACCGUAUCGUGCUGCAGCCGGGGGAGGCCAUGUUUCUGGGAGCAAAUGAGCCUCAUGCUUAUCUGUCUGGAGACUGUGUGGAGUGUAUGGCGUGUUCCGAUAACACCGUACGUGCCGGACUGACUCCCAAAUACAUUGACGUGGACACGCUGUGUGAGAUGUUGAAUUACAGCCCAGCUCCAGUCAGUGCCAAAAUCUUCCCCUGCGUGCAGGACAACGCCGACCCCUGCGUUUACCUCUACGACCCUCCUGUGCCAGACUUCACCGUCAUGAGAAUACAGGUCCCCGCCUCGGUGCGGCAGUACACUGUGUCCGCGCUGGACUCCGCCGGCAUCCUGCUGGUCAUCGACGGAGAGGCCGUCGCCACGUCUGCCGCGGCCCUCUCUGACAUCACUCUGACACGAGGCUCUGUGGUUUUCAUUUCAGCCAAUGAGAGCCUCUCUUUACAGGUGACAUCAUCGUCAGGCAUGACUAUGUUCAGAGCCUGCUGCUUACUAUAGGAGACGUCAACGUCAUAAACAUCCGGUGUCUAUCUGUCCUGUCCUGAUCUAAACCAACCGGUCAAACAUAAACCAAUCAAAAGUUCAAGUAGAAAUCAUGUUCCCAUGUUUUUGGCUUCAUCAUGAACAUGCAUGACGAAUCACCUCUAUUAAAGGUACAGUACACCCAAAAAUGAAAUUCUGGAAUUUUUUUCACCCGUGUGUUGUAUCAGACAUGUAUGAAUUUAUACAAUAUUCAGUAUACAAAAUACGAUAUUUUGAAGAAUUUGAGUAACCAAACAGUUGACGGUACCCAUUGACUUCCACGGUAUUUUUUCCAUAUUGUGGAAGUUAAUGGGGAACAAUUGGAAGAGUGUAAAUGAUGACAGAAAUUUCAUUUUUGCAUGAACUAUCCAUUUAAGUUGGUAAUUAUGAUUAUUAUAAUGACGUUUAGUGUUAAAAUAGCUAUGCUUAGCCAAAAAACAACAAAAUAUAAUAUAAUGAAACGGUUUGAAUUAUGAUUCUGCGACAUGAAAACCUCUGCAUGUUCUUUUGAAAUAUGUAAAAGUAUAUAAUUUAUUAUUUAUUAUUAUCUAUAAUUUAUAAAUUAUUAUUUAGUCAACAUGAAAUACUGUUCACACCGUUUUAUUUUAAUAAUGGGACAUUUAUGAAGGAAACAGGAUAUUCAGUUAGGAAAAAAAAAAAAAGGUAGGAUGGAAUUUGAUCGGAUGAUGAAAUAUGGGCGAUCCAGAAUGAACAAGUUUAAACCACCAGCAUUAAAAAGAACGGUUCACCCAAAAAUGAAAGUUUGCUGAAAAUGUGCUCACCUUCAGGCCAUCCAAGAUGUAGAUGAGUUUGUUUCUUUAUCAGAUUUAGAGUAAUGUAGCAGUACAUUAUUUGCUCACCAAUGAAUGUGAAUGGGUGCCGCCAGAAUGAGAGUCCAAACAGCAGAGAAAAACAUACAAUAAUUUACAAGUAAUCUAUGUUUUUAAGUUUUUUAAAAAAAAGUGGAUUAUUGUGAUGUUUUUAUCAGCUGUUCAGACUCUCCUUCUGAUGGCACCCAUUCACAUCCAUUUGUGAGCAAGUGAUGUAAUGCUACAUUUCUCCAAAUCUGAUGAAGAAACAAACUCAUCUGCUAUCCAAUAUGUAGAUGAGUUUGUUUCUUCAUCGUAUUUGGAAAAGUGUUAUCACAUUACUUGCUCACUAAUGGACGUGAAUGGGUGCCGCCAGAAUAAGAGUCCAAACAGCAGAUUAAAACAUACAAUAAUCUACAAGUAAUGUAUGUUUUUAACUUUUUAAUAAAAUGUGGAUUAUUUGUGGAUUAUUGUGUUUUUUUUAUCAGCUGUUUGGGUUCUUAUUCUGAUGGCACCCAUUCACAUCCAUUGGUGAGCAAGUGAUGUAAUGCUAUAUUUCUCUAAAUCGGAUGAAAAAAAAGAAAAAAACUCCUCACCCUCAGACCAUCUAAUAUGUAGAUGAGUUUGUUUCUUCAUUGUAUUUGGAGAAAAGUUGCAUUACAUCACUUGCUCACCAAUGGAUGUAAAUGGGUGCCGUCAGAAUGAGAGUCCAAACAGCAGAUUAAAACAUACAAUAAUCUACAAGUAAUGCAUGUUUUUAACUUUUUAAUAAAGUGCAGAUUACUUGUGGAUUAUUGUGUUUUUUUUAUCAGGUGUUUGGGCUCUUAUUCUGAUGGCACCCAUUCACAUCCAUUGGUGAGCAAGUGAUGUAAUGCUACCAUUUCUUUAAAUCUGAUGAUGAAACAAACUCAUCUACAUCUUGUAUGGCCUAAUAUAUUUGGUAAAUACAUUUUCAGCAAAUUUUCAUUUUUGGAUGAACUAUUCCUUUAAGAAAGUAAGCAAGUCAGUUUUGAUUUCAUGUUGACGCAUAUAAGUUAAAUGCACGGAUGCAUGAUCACUCACUAUUGGCUGCAAGAUAUAAACAUUUUAUUAAAUGAAAUUUGUUCCAUCAGAGAUUUUUUUUUGUGUGUGUGCACAAGGAUGUAAGACCUUUUGCAUGUUCAAAAAAUAUAAGAAUAUAAAGAAACCCAAGUGGAGGACAGUAACAAUAUUACUUUUACAUCAGAACCUGGUAAAUUAGACCAAUUUUAACAUUUUUAAGACCUUUUUCAUGGUUAGUACUACCAAACAGUCCUUGUUGUGGACACACUCUUCCAUGAAGAAAUCACUUGGUAAAAUGGUUUUAUUAAUAUUACGUUAAACGAUGCACUCCUGUGACAGACACGAGUUUUCUGAUUCGAUUUUAAAAAUAACCCUGCAACCUGAAAAAGUGUUUUCAUACAUGUGAAACUUUGUUACCGAUUUUUAUUCUCCCUUAUAAGUGACUGUAUGGCUUGGUGUGUGGUUAUGCUGUAUUGCUGUAGUUACUAUUUGCACUAGCAGUGUGGAGAGCACAAAGGAGGCUGGGAAUUACUGGCAUCCUGAUGUUUGUUUACUGUAUUUUUAGUGCCCUCUUCAGAUUCGUACAUGUAAAACCAGAAGACCUCAGCCGUGUUGGUUUCCAGGAUUCUUUCUGUAUUUUUUGGAGCUGUGUUAUUCUGAUGUGUUCUGUGAUCAAAGCAUGCGACCGGUGGCUAAAGUCUGAGUGAAUGAAUGUAUGGUGCUUUCUGAGCUGUAAUGGAGCAUGCGUCUGAUAAGAGGAACUCUGUAUGUAAUCUCUAAUAAAUAACGGUUCUGUAAUCUUU